CCAUAGCAGUCAGUUUGCUGUUCUCUCGUGUCCGGUUCGUUUUGUUGCCGCCGUCGAUCGUGAUCGUAGUUGUGCCCGAAACAUAGUUUGGUUUUUAAUUUUUAUAUCUCGUUCUACUCGUUAUAACAAUUAUAUGUUAAACCUAUUCGGGAUACGACUAGUAAAUAUCAUUCCGAGCGGUUAAAUGAACGUUUUGUCAAAAAUUUAAUUUUUGUUCGUUUUGUUUUGUUUUUUUUAAAUAUUUCUCCGUACCGAACUCUGUUUUCGAUAUUCUCAAUCGGUACAACGGUUAUAUAUACCCUGAAUAAUUAAUAUUGUUUGUGUUAUCAUCAAACGUUCAAAUGUGGAUUAAUACAUUUACCGGAAACCUGAGAGACACAGAAAAAUGAAUGAUGCAUUCAGAGGCUUUGGUGUGGUUGACGACGGGAAUCGGCGGUCCCCUAUCCGUGGUAUGGCUGUGCUGGGCGAUACUGGUACUGUGGUUCGGCCGGGGCCAAUGGCGGCCGUCAGACCCGCUUCUCAUAGCGUUGCUGGCUGAGGCUAUCGCCAAACAGGCGGCCGGGACCGCUGGUUCGGCGCUGUCGCUGUUCCGGCCAGAUGAGCCGGCGCUGUGCAGCGCGGUGCAGUGGCUGUGGACGGCCGCGCACACGAUGCAGGCCGGAACGCUAGCAUCGCUGGCCCUGAUGGCUGGACUGAGGCGCAAAAAGCGGACGGUGGCCGCAGGUGGCCGGCCGCUAUUGCUCUACCACCUGGCCAGCCUGUCGGUGGUGAGUGCUUGCGUGGGCGCCGCCGCAUUGAUCGCCCAGACGGACCCGUGCGCGCCACCGUCCGACCGCCGGUACGCGGUGUUCUCGUUGGUGCUACACGCGUCCUUGGCCGCUGUGGCCGCUGCGUCUGCCGCGUUCGGUUGCGCCGGCCACCGAAAGGGUCCCAACCCGCUGCUGGUCAACUCGUCGUCCGACCUGUCGUCGUGCAUGUCCGAGAUAUCUACCGUAUCCAGUUGCAGCCGGGGUGGUAUACGGCACAGCGUCAGCGACUGUAGUGACCGUACGACGGUGACGUGCACCACAUCAGCCACCGGCACCGGUGGCUAUCACCGAACCGACUGCGCACUGGUCAACGACCUGCUCCGUUUGCCGUCGGCCGGUAACGCCCCGCCUGUCACGUUCCUCAACGGAGCGCCCAGGGCGUUAAUGCACCACCAGAAUGGCACCGUUGCCGAAGACGACACGCUCCGCAGGAUGGACGAGACCAAGCGGCUUAUCGACUCUGGCACGUUGCUGACGAGCAGCGACCGGGACAGCUACGCCGCAUCCACCAUCAGACCAUACCGGUACGGCGGCGGCGGUAGUGGUCUGGGUCCCCGGUAUCAAUUGCCGUCUACCGCGGCGUCCGUGUCCGUCACGUCCACCAACAGCCGUGCCCCAUGCCUGGCCAAACGCGUGUCACUGGUCCAGGACGUCCGCAUCGGCUACGUGGUGGCCAUACUGCUCAUGUGCUAUUUAGUGGACCAUUUGCCCGUACUGGUGCUGAUGGCUUCCGAACAUUUCAUACCUUCAAAGUUUGUGAUUUCUGCCGAUUACGCGCCUGUGGUAAAAAAUUUACCAAUGCUGGCGGCGCUGGCCGAGGCGUGUCUGUGGCCAGUGGUUUUGCUCCUGUUCGACGACCAGUUCGUGCCCCGGCUGUCAAACUUGUACCGGAGACGAAGCGUUUCGGACCGGGCUAAGCCCCCUCAAGGCUUACAUGGCAAGUUCCGCCCGUACAACGGUUCGUUGCAAGAUGCCCGAAGGCCUCCACCACCUUCCAGCGGCGGCGGCAGCGGCGAAGCGGUCAGAUUUCCCAUCACCAACGGAUCUUUGUUCGCCAGCCUGGAUGGCAGAGUUCCGGUUCUGCACAACUAUAGACGAGGUGUUAGGACGAUGAGUGGCUUACUGGCUUCACCACCACCUCCACAUUUUAUACACACAGCAACCGAUUCGGCGGUCGGUCACUGUUGUGAAGACGAACACCACCACCACCAUCAGCAGCAACAGCAUCAACAACAACAACUACAACAGCAGCAGCUUCAUCACCGGUCACUGCGGUUCGCCAAUAUGGUGACCGCUUCAGCGGCUAUGUCAUCGACGACGGUGGAUGACUGCAAAGUGGUGGCGGACGACUCGACGCCGGCCGACAGCCUGGACGACCAGACGAUCGUGGCAGGCGUCGCUGCCGUAAUCAGUGGCGUUCGAGCGACGGACAACCGAUUGCCUCAAAACUUACAACAGCUCCGUGAAAAGUUGUACGCCCAAGACGAUGACGAAGACGACGAGGCAAGUUGUUGCGGCAGCGACAGUGGCCGAGACGCGGUCGUGGACGACGAAGGGUGUCGGGCAAAGAGGCCCGAGGAGGUAACGGUGGCAGAAACGACGGCCGACGAUGAGGACGAUUCUUCGGACGACGGAUGUGACAGGCGGGACGAUUGCGACGACUGUGACGAAGAGGGCGGGUACGCCACGUUGUCCGCCCGGAGCGUGUGUUCGGCCACGACUGCGGCCAAUGACGAUUUCGAGUAUUUCGCGGCAUCCGUUGAUCGCUCUGGCGGCAGUGGCGGCAGUGGUGAAGACGUCACGCCACCCGCGACUGACCGAUCACCCGUCAGUGGUCGGGUCCCGUACCAGCGGGCGCCCACCAGAAGAGCCAGACACCACCAGCCGCAGCCACAGCCACAGCACCAUCGGCACCACCAGCACCCACAGCCGUCGCAGUAUCACCAGCAACACCACAGGCUCCAAGUGCGCGCCGCAGCACCAGCUCUGCCGCCCACUCCGCCGACGCCACGCAGGCCCAAGGCACGUCUCACGCCCGUCUUGUCGGUCGACUCGCUUGUCGCGGCACAAGCGGCUGCUGAUGCCGCAGCUAACGCCGCGGGUUAUCCACAUGCCUCUCAACUUCUGCAGCAGCAUCACCAUCAGCAGCAGCAGCAGCAGUUUCACCACCAACACCAUCAGCUGCACCACCAUCACGGCGGCAGACAUCGCGGUGGCUUCGGUGGAAUUGCCGGCAGACGGCUGGGCGGCGGUGGCCGAGGACACCACGGUGGUAGUGUGCCCGACCUGAAACGAGUGUUCAUAACGGAUUUCCUGUAAACUGUGUCGCAUGCCCACGCGUGUUUCGCUUCGGGACGUGUACUCCCAUUAUUUCCGGUCAUCAGUUUCCCCGGCAUCCGUCAUCGUUGCAUCAAACGAGAUUUGUCCAUAGAAAAAUCGUUUUUUCUUUUAAAAUCUUUUAAUUUUUUUUGAAUAUUGUUGAAGAAUCGAUAUAGUAUUAUAAUUUAUAUUUUAUUAUAUCAUAUGCGUAUACAACGCAAGAUGGCGAUAGGUCUCCAGAUUAAAUAAUAUAAAAUAUUAUAUUGUGUAUACUGUAUGAUACUAUGCACAUGUCUGAGUCACGUAUUUAAGUAUAUUUAGGUAGGUAUCUUGAUAAUAAUUUAUUUAAACCAAAAUCUGUUUUUGUAUAUACAAUUAUUUAAACCGUUUGGUUAGUUCAGUUUCCUUUUAAAUUUUUUAUUAAAAUAAUAUGUAGGUACUGAAUGUGCGCCAAAUCAAUUCGCAGUAGGUUCAUGUAUAUACGCAUCUAUAUAGCCACUAAUGGCACUAUAUUAUUAUAUUUUCGUUAAGUAAUUGAUCAAAGACACAAAACUAUAUUAUAUAUAUGUUGUGUAAUAUAGUAGGGUCAUCCUCUCACCCCUCUGAAAUAUUGUACCGUGUCUAAGUCUAAAAAUUCGUUUUCGUCGUAUUUCAACUCUAAUACGGCAAUUAUUAUUAUUAUUAUUAUUAUUAUUAUUAUAUAAUAUAUUAUACAAUAUACAUAGAAUGAUUAUUAUAUUGUUAGACUUAGACGUUUUGUUUAUUUUUUAACACUUGGUGCCAAUUUUAUUGUAAGAUUAAAAUUUAUUUAUACGUUUAUUAUUAUUAUUUUUUGUAUAUUGAACAUUGUUUUUGUUUUUGCUUUUUUUAAAUAAUUAAGAUUGUACAUUAUAUUUAGUAUUUAGUGUUUCACGUUACGUUGAUAUAUAUCAGAUAUUUGAACAGAUAUUUUACAAUUUAAAUUUUAUUAUUAUAUUUUAAAACAUUAACCAGUUUUUGUUUGAUAGUCGACAAUAAUAAAAAUGUAUGUCAAAUAAAAACAA